CCUUGUGCCGGCUUUCAUCGGUUGUAUCUGUAAAGCAGCAGACAUCGGUCCCGAUUGCAUUUUCUUGGCUCGUGAUUAACACCCCCACACUCUCACCCCCCUCUUACGCCAGUGUGAGCACGCCUCAUGGGUCGCAGCUGAAAGCCCUCUUUUCUCCGCUUAGAACCGUUCCAUUGUCCUCCUUCCUUCGCAAGGGGGCACCAACAGCCAGCUGAUAAGUACCGGGUCUUUUCUUUUUUUGUUACCCUUACUUCGAGUGUUAACACCAACGGUUGCUAAGAUGAUGAGAGGUAAUUGGGUAAUUGUAUUUUAUUCAUCACAAAAGUGAAAGGGUGAAAAAAGAAAGGAGAAAGAGUGAGUACGAGGAUUACGUUACAGAAGGACGAAAUUCCAGAUUUUCUGCAAUUGCAGUCAGUAUUUUUUUUGUUUAAUUUAAGAGACUUUCAGUGUAAAACAAACAAACCAGCGGUUUCUAACUGGAGAACUGAGAGAGUGGAUGGAGAGAGUGGGGGAAUUUAUGGGAAGGUGUAGUUCAGCGACACCCGGUGUGAGCUACAAGUGCUGAAGCAUCAUAUAGUGAAGAAGGGUGAUCAGGCUUCUGGUAGUCAAAACUAGCAGCCUCAGAAACCUAAUCAGCUGUGUCACUCCGAUCCAGUGGGAAGGAAGGAAUCCAGAAUAAUUGCAAUGGCCGGUGCUAUCACAGCUCGACUCUGCACAGCAUGCUAGAAAAGGGAGAGCUGCAACUUGUAGCUCUUGCACGGUGCACUCCCAGGGCUCUUUGGAAAUCAGCAGAAGCAGCCCUUACCAUGAGAGAAGGAUCACUGCAAGGCUGACAUAUGUCCACAAGUAUCAGGGUCGAGUGACAGCUAUAAAAAUAAUUUAAUCCACUUGGCUCGGUUUUGCUUAUGCUAGUGUGCGCGUCUGCACUUUCAGUAUCUACAUGCAGAACCAGGCAUCAGCAUGGAAAAGACGCAAAGCUGCUGAAGGUGCAUUUACAUUUCAGCUUCCAGCGCACGGUGAACACCAUCGGAGGAGCUGUUAAUUUAUUUAUUUAUUUAUUUUCCUUUUCCAAGUGCAAGAGAGGGAGAGAGCGCCAAAGCCUUCAUGGCUUGGGUGAAAGUGGAGAGUGGAAAGUGAGCGAUGGCUGCUUGCAGGAUCAGCAGGGAGGAGGACAGCAGAGCCCACACUACAGCACGUCUUUCUUCACCCUCUUGGAAGCUGCAAGCAGCAGGGCAGAGAGAUGCAAGGGGCUUCCUGUCGGGAUUACAAGCACUGCUGAUGGAUUCUUGAACUAGGAAGGGGACGAAAAAUACUAUUCCGCACUGGAUUGUGAUUGGAAAUCUAAUCAGAUCUUUGGCAAACAGAAAGGGGAAAGUUAACCAUCCGCGGUGCGAAUAAAAAGAAAUAACAGUCUGUGCAGCGUCGGUUUGCUUUAAGGAACAUUUUAGUUGGAGAAUAUGGGAAUGCAGAGCACGGAACUGACAGGCGGGUGUGUUUUGGGGUUGCGAGUCGAAAAUGGAUUUGAUUGAUGAGGUGGGGGAGGAAGAAGAUGAUGGCAGUGGUGGUGGCGUGUGGAAACAGGGAUGCAACCCGAGUGUUCCCAAAUAGGAAGACUUUUUGAUAUAUAUUUAUAUAUGAAAACUGAUAUUCUUUAGUAUAAUAUAUUUAGUAUCUCGGGGAAGAAGAAGAGGCAAAACUGGAAUGAGUAAAAGGGCAACGACGUGUCUGAGCUUGUGUGAAAGGUCAGCUGGUGAUGGGAAUAGAAAGAUUUUAACUCGAGACGCUUUAAAGGCUUUAAAAUAUUAUCAAACUGCAAAUCCUUCUCCCAAGCCCCGUUACCUUUAAAACAGAGGAACUUUAUUUUUAUAUUAAUGAUUCAUUCUCCACUUUGUGGAUACAAGCCUAUUGGUAAACCUAUGGAAAAAAGUUGAGCAAAAAAAUCUGAAAUCAGCAAAGCAUUUGCGCACUGAAAUUUGGGGUCUCAAGAGCUCCAGGAAUAACGGCGCUAUAGUGGAAUCACGGGCACCUGUAAAAUCAAUGGAACAUUUUACUCGUUUUUGUGGUGUUUUCCAUUGCUGGAUAGGGUCUGCUGUUUUCUGACUUAACAAGACUACAUCACAAUUCUGGGGAGGGUGAUCACCAGUGUACUGGAAAAGGGUUACCCAGAAGUGCGAGUUAAGUUGAAGAUUUGGCACAGUGUCCACAGAUUACUGGAACUACUGGAUCUCAAGAAGGACCAACUUCCAGUAAAUUAUGAAUGUUGAACAAGAUGACAUUACGUCCACAGCAGAUGAUGAUAGGUCCUAGGUUUAACAGGGCCCUAUUUGACCCCCUGCUUGUGGUGUUGUUGGCUCUUCAACUUCUUGUUGUAACUGGCUUUGUUAGAGCUCAGACCUGUCCUUCUGUCUGUUCCUGUACCAACCAGUUUAGUAAAGUGAUUUGUACAAGAAGAAGCUUAAGAGAAGUUCCUGAUGGUAUUUCCACCAACACACGAUACUUGAACCUUCAAGAUAACCAGAUCCACACUAUAAAAGUUGACAGUUUCAAGCAUCUGAGGCAUCUUGAAAUAUUGCAGCUAAGUAGGAACCACAUUAGGACAAUUGAAAUUGGAGCCUUUAAUGGCUUAGCUAACCUUAACACUUUGGAACUUUUUGACAAUCGUCUUACUACAAUUCCUAAUGGGGCAUUUGAAUAUUUGUCAAAACUGAAAGAACUUUGGCUGAGGAACAAUCCUAUUGAAAGUAUUCCUUCUUAUGCAUUUAAUCGGAUACCUUCCUUGAGAAGGUUGGAUUUAGGGGAGCUGAAGAGACUUUCUUAUAUCUCAGAAGGUGCUUUUGAAGGCCUAUCAAAUUUAAGGUAUUUAAAUCUUGGGAUGUGCAAUCUCAGAGACAUACCUAAUCUUACUCCACUUGUUAAACUGGAUGAGCUAGAACUUUCUGGUAACCACUUGGCUGUAAUUAGACCAGGUUCUUUCCAGGGUUUAACUCACCUUCAAAAACUGUGGAUGAUGCAUGCCCAAAUUCAGAUUAUUGAAAGGAAUGCCUUUGAUGACCUGCAGUCAUUGGUCGAACUCAAUCUGGCACACAACAACUUGUCAUUGCUGCCCCAUGACCUAUUCACACCACUUCAUCAUCUAGAGAGGGUUCACUUGCAUCAUAACCCAUGGAACUGUAACUGUGAUAUAUUGUGGCUCAGUUGGUGGUUAAAGGAAAUGGUACCUUCAAAUACAACAUGUUGUGCUCGCUGUCAUACACCUUCUAGUUUAAAGGGUAGAUAUAUUGGAGAAUUAGACCAGAACUAUUUUACAUGUUAUGCUCCUGUAAUAGUAGAACCCCCUGCAGACCUCAAUGUCACAGUUGGGAUGGCGGCUGAACUGAAAUGUCGAGCAUCUACUGCCUUAACGUCUGUAAGUUGGAUUACCCCCAAUGGAACAAUAAUGACUCAUGGAGCUUACAAAGUGCGAAUAUCUGUAUUAAAUGAUGGUACAUUAAAUUUCACUAAUGUAACUGUUCAGGAUACAGGGUUAUACACAUGCAUGGUGAGUAAUUCAGCUGGAAAUACAACAGCUUCAGCAACACUUAAUGUUACUGCAACAGAAAACACCAAUAUCUCAUUUUUUACAACUGUAACAGUAGAAACAGUGGAGCCUUCUCUAGAUGAAGCAAAAACCACUGAACUAAAUGUAGUACCCACACCAUCCAGCAGCUGGGAAAACCACAGUGUAACAACCUCUCUAAUACCACACAGCACAAGGUCAACAGACAGAACGUUCACCAUCCCCAUCACAGAUGACGGGAAAGAUGUCAUGCCCGGACUUGAUGAGGUCAUGAAAACAACAAAGAUAAUCAUUGGCUGUUUUGUGGCUAUUACGUUAAUGGCAGCAGUAAUGCUAAUAAUCUUUUACAAGAUGCGAAAGCAACACCACCGUCAGAACCAUCACGCCCCUACAAGGACUGUUGAGAUCAUUAACGUAGAUGAAGAGCUGACAGGAGACACACCAAUUGAAAGCCACCUGCCUUUGCCCACUCUUGAACAUGAACAUCUGAACCAUUACAAUUCUUAUAAAAAUCCUUUUAACCACACCUCAGCAGUAAAUACAAUAAAUGCAUUGCAUAGUUCAGUUCAUGAACCAUUACUGAUUCGGGUGAAUUCUAAAGACAAUGUACAAGAGACUCAAAUCUAAAUUAAAAAAGUGGGACAGAAGAAAAGACUUUUUUCAAAUGACACAGAGGACUAGGCUAAGACUACUAUUUCAAAAAGUGUCUUUACAGAAAUCAUAAGUUUAUUUAUUACAAAUUCUAUUGUGAGCUAACAUUUACAAUAAUGUGUAUUCCUCAAAACCUGUUUUCACAGUGCCCAAUAUAUAUAUAUAUAAAUAUAUUCAUAUAUAUCUAUAUAUUUUUCUCCCAUCACCAUAUUUUUUCAUAUAAUCCCCUAAACCUGUUCCUCACUCAGAGAAACUGGUUUAAGAAUUUUUGUUAAAAAAUUCUGUUUCACUUUGGGGUUUUUAUGGUGAUUCUAUUAGUGAAAUUAAGUAUUUUGUCUUUUUUUUUUUUUACUUCACAAACCCUUAAGAGAAGGACAGUAGGGAGUGCAGUAUUUGCAGUAAUUUUUUGUAAAGCAGUAAGCAUCACACACAUUUUAUUUUCCUAAAUCAAACUGCAUUUUUUUUAUUACCAGGAUAUCCAUUUUUGCAGGGACAAAAAUAAGAGGAGCAAGAAUGAAUUUCUAGUAAACACCUGCCAAGCUAUGAUCUUUUAAGCAAUUCUAGAAACAGAAUUUGUAGGUCAAAUGUUAAGUAAGAUUGCAAAUAAAAUAUUGUCGGUUUUCUGUAUUUGGAGUUGCCUUGCUGUCAUCCUGUCUUAUUUGAAAUAAGGGUUGAAAAUGCCACUGAAAUAAAUCUGUCGGGUAUGGACAUGCUCAAAAAUAAAUUAUGCAUUUGAGAAUUGUUGUACUUUGGUACAAAUGCAUACCAAGUCUGUUUCAGAUUAACUAAAUUUACUCAAAAGUUCAGAUUAUUAAUUAAAAAUUGUACUGUCAGUUGCAUUGAUUUUCAGUAAAUUCAGUCAGGUCUUCAUCUUCUGCUCUCAGUAUAUUAAUAUUUUGAAUAAUACAGUGGGGAACAUUAAAUAAGUAUACCUGUCCCCCACCAAGGGGACCUUCUUGACAAACUGAAAAGUAUAAGAUUAGGUUUAAGAAAACCCCAAUAUCAUCAGCAGAUUCGAAUGGAAAUACAGCCGAACUGGUCUUAGUACAUCAUAUGAGCAUACCAUUCAUUUUGAAUCCGAAAAAAAAGAAAAAAAAAACUGAUGCUCUUUCCUACCAAAUAACCAUCAGUUUAUUUUUAUAGUAAUGAUCAUUAAAAUAAUGAUGCACGUGUCUUGUCUAUAACAUACACAAAUACAUUUGUAAAUUAUAGGUUUAUUUUUAAUAAUGUAAAGAAAAGAUUAAUGCUAAAAGAAUCUGGGAUAUAGAAAGGGGAAGAGUAAAAUGUGUCACAUACAGGGGAGGAGCAAAAUGCAUCAACUUGAGUUUUUAUUUUUUUUAUUUGUUUUUUUUUUUUUCAUUUUUAAACUGAUCUGACCAGAAGAUGGCAUCAUUUUUAUGUCUCCUGAAAUAUGGUAUGUUAGAUUGUUCUCUGUAUGUUCACAUGCAGAAUAUCAUAUGAAAAAAUAUAUAUAUUUUUUCCUUUUGUCAUUAUCUGAGCUGUUUACAAACAUGGCCUGUGUAGCCUGGCGGAUCUGUUUGCAAUACUUGUAAGGCUACAGUUCAGCCAGAGUGUUUCCUCUCUGUGUCUGCCAGGAAGUCUGUGAGUGACAAAUUGUUCUUGUGAUAUAAAGCAAGUACUUUAAAUGGGGUGUCUUACAUUUCCUUUCAAAGGCUGUUUCAGAAUAAAAAAAAAAUAUUUUGAUGUACAGAUCCUUUUUAUGUAAAUGUGCAGUUAAUAAAAUUGCCAAAAAUA